AGGCCGCUUCCGCUUUCCUACAGGCUUCUGGACGGGGAGGCAGCCCUCCCGGCCGUCGUUUUUCUGCACGGGCUCUUCGGCUGCAAAACUAAUUUCAACUCCAUCGCCAAGGCCUUCGCCCAGCAGACAGGACGUAGGAUCUCCAUCGGCGCUGGCCAAUGACUAGGCGCCUGCACCCUUUCCAUGAAGGAGCCUGCUUGUUUCCUAGGGAUGACCGGGAGCUCACCACCUCUUAUGGCAGCCCGUUCUUCUGUGCUCCUACUGUUGGAAAUUCCUGGAGUCUCGUUCCUGGCAUUCUCCGGGAUUACCCCCAGCCUGGCCAGCCCUUCAGAGAUGUGGUCACAACCCUGGGGCCUGCUUUUCUCUGGCAGAGUGGCCCCAGGUUCUUCAUCUGGGCCUUCUAGGUGCUGACAGUGGAUGCUCGUAACCAUGGUAACAGCCCCCACAGCCCAGACAUGAGCUACGAGAUCAUGAGCCAGGACCUGCAGGACCUCCUGCCCCGGCUGGGCCUGGUGCCCUGCGUCAUCGUUGGCCACAGCAUGGGAGGGAGGACAGCCAUGCUGCUGGCAUUACAGAGGCCAGAGCUGGUGGAACGUCUGAUUGCUGUAGAUAUCAGCCCAGUGGAAGGCACAGGUUCCUCCCACUUUCCUGCCUAUGUGGCAGCCAUGAGGACCGUCAACAUCCCAGAUGGGCUGCCCCACUCCCGUGCCCGAAAACUGGCAGAUGAACAGCUCAGUUCUGUCGUCCAGAACCUAGCCGUACGGCAGCACCUGCUCACCAACCUGGUAGAGGAAGACGGGCGCCUCGCGUGGAGGUUGAACUUGGAUGCCCUGGCCCAGCACCUAGACAAGCUCUUGACUUUCCCACAGAGGCAGGAGUCCUACCUCGGACCAACACUCUUUCUCCUCGGUGGAAACUCCCAAUUCGUGCAUCCCAGCCACCACCCUGAGAUUAUGCGGCUCUUCCCUCGGGCCCAGAUACAGACGGUGCCGAACGCUGGCCACUGGAUCCACGCUGAACGCCCACAGGACUUCAUAGCUGCCAUCCGAGGCUUCCUGGUCUAAGAGUUGCUGGCAAGAAGUGGGCUGGGCGCAGUGGCUCAUGCCUGUAAUUCCAGCACUUUGGGAGGCUGAGGUGGGAGGAUCACUUGACGCCAGGAGUUCGAGACCAGCCUGGCCAACAUGGUGAAACCCCAUCUCUACUAAAAGUACAAAAAUUAGCCUGACGUGGUGGUGCAUGCCUGUAAUCCCAGCUACUGAGGAGGCUGAGGCAGGAGAAUCACUUGAACCCGGGAGGUGGAAGUUGCAGUGAGCCGAGAUCACGCCACUGCACUCCAGCCUGGGCAACAGAGCAACACUCCGUCUCGAAAAAGACAAAACAAAGAGGAGGCACAAAACCCCAGGCUUCCAGUCCCUGCAGCCUGCUCCACAUUUGGGCACAGAAGGACUCAGAUGGGCACUGAGUGGGCACGAGGUUUUACAGGGGUGGUCAGACCUCAGGCUUUAAUGAAUAAAGACAUUACUCCCAAA